CUCAAGCUUCACUGUGAAUUGCAGGCAAUCAUGGCGACCGCUAUGAAGACAACAAUGUCGACUAAAGAAGCUGACAUCCAGAUGAUGUUGGCUGCCGAAGUUCAUCUCGGCACCAAAAACUGCGACUUCCAAAUGGAACGCUACGUUUUCAAGCGCCGCAACGACGGAAUAUACAUUAUCAACCUUGGAAAGACAUGGGACAAGCUUCUAAUGGCAGCUAGGGUUAUAGUAGCAAUUGAGAAUCCUCAAGACAUUAUUGUUCAAUCAGCUAGACCUUAUGGACAAAGAGCAGUUCUUAAAUUUGCACAAUACACAGGAGCUAAUGCAAUUGCUGGUCGUCAUACACCAGGAACUUUCACUAACCAGCUUCAAACUUCAUUUAGUGAACCUAGACUCUUAAUCCUUACUGACCCAAGAACUGAUCAUCAGCCAAUUAAAGAAGCUGCACUUGGAAACAUCCCAACUAUUGCCUUUUGUGAUACUGAUUCACCUAUGCGUUAUGUUGAUAUUGGUAUUCCUUCUAAUAAUAAAGGGAAACAUAGUAUUGGUUGUUUGUUUUGGAUUCUUGGAAGGAUGGUUUUGCAAAUGCGAAAUUCUAUUCCUCAAGGACACAAUUGGGAUGUCAUGGUGGAUUUGUUUUUCUAUAGGGAACCUGAAGAAACUAAGGAACAACAAGAGGAAGAAGCUCCUGUUGUGGAUUAUCCUGAUUAUGGUGUUCCUGCUAUUGGAAUGAGUAAUGAUCAAUGGACGAACCAAAUACCUGAUGGCCAAUGGGCAGCUGGUCCUGCCCCUGCUCCUAUUCCUGCCUCGGGUUGGGACUGAUGAUUGAUUCUUUAU